UAUCCAUGUGACAUUGUACUUCAAUCUGUGAUGGUAUUUCUUUGUAUGCCAUUUAUUUAUUUAUCAAUAACUGCUUAUACUAGAUAGACAUCUGACAGGCCUUGAGGAAAUCGUAUUCUUAAACAGAUGGCAUAUCGUUUAAAAAAGUCUUAUAUUAGUGAGGAAUUACGAAAAUAGUCGGUGAGUCAACACUGGGUUUUGUAAGCCCGUAUAAGUAGAUACAUGGUAGGUUUUCGCGGGAAUGCCAAGGCUUUCGGACAACUGCACCAUCACCAGGUGGUCCCAACACAGCUGCCCUUCACGGGGUCUGCCAGGGGCUUGGAAAUUAGUUUCAAGUGUCUCUCAUUUAAUCAGGACUAGAGCUCACUUUGUUCCUGGGGCAGAGUAAAAGAUAGUGGUUGCUGCAAAUUUAACCAACAGUGGAAGAUAUGACAGGUGCUCAUGGAUGUUUGUGCAAGAGCAAGUGUGUCUUAUAACUGUUCUAGAUUUACAUGCAACUGCAUACUUGGAAUGAAUGCCAUGGGCUAUAAAUAAUGGAAUUAGUCAAGCUCUGAACGUUCAUGAUAUUUUGUCCACUUCAUAUCCUUCAAAUUGAACAGAAUUUAUGUCACAUUUAUAAAAUUUUAACAUGGAAGAUGAUAAACCUGUACAUUAUUUUACAGGCAGAGUAAGAGCCUUUUGGAAAGGUUUGGUAUUUUUCUCUGAUGCAAGAAAUGUUGCAGUUAUUGACAUUCAUGAUUUAUACAUAAAUGGAAAGCAAGCAUCUUCAAAAGAUUUGAGAUAUUUAGAAGACUUGGUUAAAAAUAGUGAUUGGAAACAGUCUCCAGAAUUGCAUUCCUAUGUAAGUGAAUACCUUUAUGAUGUUCCCACUCCUUGGCCAUACCAACUCUCAGGGAAGGCUCUUUGGAAAGCCAAGUGUGCUUGGUUGGGUUGGAUUCCUAAUUGCAUAAAAAAUGCCAGUAUCAGUAAUAUUGUUCAUAUGCCCAUCAGUUACUACACUGGUAUGGUAAAAAAAAUAUAUAAUGAUAAAAUUCUAUUUGGGGAUAUGAGAAAUGAUGUAAUGGUUUCUUCAGAUAAUGUUUAUGUCAGUGGAGAGAGAGGUUUCAAAAGAAACACCCAUGAUCAUUUAGCAGAUUGGACUAAAAUCCACGCUUACAUUAUCAGAUUAGAUGUUCUAACAGACAUGCAUCUCAGUGGACCUGAACCUGAUUUACCCAUCUGGCCCAAAGAAAGUUUCUCUUCAGAUAUGUGGGUGGCAAAGUUUGCUUGGUUUGGUGAUAUGCCAAAUGAAGUGAGGGAUCAAGUUGGAAGAUAUUAUGUCAUUCGCAUGAACCAGUGGGGUAAUAUAUGCAAUGUUCCGUGGAAGGAUGAAAGUGCUUGGCAAGCAUCUGCCAAUAAAAAAUCUUGGAAAGAAAGAUGUGACUAUGAAGAUAAACAGAGAAUCCAUGAAAGAGAAAUAAGACCCUGCCAGUUAUUAAUGCCAACAGAACAACCAGCUGGAUACAUGAGAGGCUCUCUCCUAUUGGCUGACAGUAAGCAGGCACUCAUGACAAGUUAUGUUGAUUUGAUUGCUUUCAGCAAGGAUAACUUUUAUGUAAAUGGACAAAAAUUCAAGUAUAAUUAUGAUCUUUCUUUUUUCUUUCAAAAUCGUAGAGUUCCCUUAAAUGCAUGGGUGAUACCCUUUGAUAAACCAAAAGUAAUAUUCAACAUAAAUGUUGUGUGGCAUGCAUUAUGUGUGUGGUAUGGAAGUCCACCAAAGGACUUGGAAUACAUUAAGAGUGCUUGUGGAAAAACUGUUGAUGACUUAGUAGAAAGUAAUUCUUCUGUCACAUUAACUCAUUUUUUGGGAAAUGUCCAUGAUUUAUACUCUGAUUCAGGUGAGCUCAUGAGUAAAGCUGGCCUUGAUCAAUCUGUGAAAGUAUCUUUUACAAGAAAAGUUCUUUACAUGUAUGGAAGCAAAUUUCAUAUAGGCUGCAGUCUCCUUGAUAAACAACAAGUACUACAGAAUAACAUUUGGUCAGUUUUAGCUUAUCCAGUGUUGACAGAUCAAGCCAAUGGCAUUCCACAUUAUCAAGCAUUAGUUAUGUGGCGGUAUGAUGAUCAGCACUCAAUGAAUGUGAUAUCAAAGAUUAUUACAGAAUUUGUCGAUGAAACCAAAAAUUAUUGCAAAAGAAAGGAGAAAGUAACCCAACACAUGUCUGGAUAUAUAGAAAAGGUUUCUGAUGAUUAUGGUAUCAUGAGAAUUGUCAGUGCAUCAGUGGAUAAUACCUACUUGUACUUUAGGAAGGAAGUCCUCUAUAUUGAUGGAAAGUUGUUUCCAAAAGAUAUCUGUCUUCAGGUGAAAGAACAAGGGAGACAGUGCAAUGCAGAAGGGAAGACUAUGCUGCCAAAAAAUAUUGAUGGUUAUCAGGUUACUAUGGAAGCAACAUUGCUGUGGAUUGGAAGGAAACCAUCAGUUGAAUCUGGAAAAUUUACACCAGAUUGCUCAGAGAACCCUCAGCAUGUACAAAUCACUGAUUGUAGUGAUUACAAAGAACUUUGUGCUGCAAAAAUGCAAACUGAAUGUUACACCAGGCCUGGUAAGGUCCUUCAUAUUGCUGAAGGAGUGAAGGUGGGCAGUAUCUUCAUUGUAGACAAACAUUAUGGACUUGUCAUUUGCUCAAAUAUCAUUGCUGCCUUUUCCAGUGAUACCUUCUAUGUGAAUGGAGACAAAUUCAGCAAUAAGUAUAGUUCCUUGGAUGAAUUUUGCUCAGAUAGAAAGAUUACUGUAAGAGCUGUGAUAGUGACUCUAAAAGCACCAAAAGUUGUGCUGAACUGUGCAGUUAUGUGUGAAGCUAUUUGUACUUGGAUUGGACAAGAGCCACGUGACCUCACACACUUACAAAAACAACAUCUCAUUAAAAAAAACAGAUCUGAUAUUCCCAAGUUAUUACACAAAUCUUUGCUAUACUUUGUGGGAAAAAUAAGUCCUGUUUCUAAAGAUGUUGCACUGCUUGCCAGUACAACUCCUGAGGGAACAUCAAAAGUUCUCUUUUCAAAAGAAAAUGUUUUUAUAAAUGGAAGUGUUGUAGCUAAAGAUGACAUUUUUGAAAAAUGGAAGAGGACCUCCUCUCAUAGUUGGUGGUCUGUUCUUGCUUGUCCUAUAUCUACAAAAGAUAUAAUGGGUCAUUCAGUGUGCUACUCUGCUGUUGCAGUUUGGGAUAUGAGUCAUCACCACAAAAUGAGAAAAGUGUUACCCUUAGUAGCUUGUCAGCUAAAUGAUAAACCUGAUAAACAAGAGCAUUGCUCAAAUGGGAAAUUCAGUGGAUCAAAUAAAGCAACAUUAGACACACCAGAAGCUUUGUUACACAACUUGCAGCUUAAGGAUUCCAGCAAAGAGAAGUUGCUACAGGUUAAAGGGUCAUCACAAUUGAAUGACUCCUCAGAGAUAAUCUCCAGCAUUACCAAAGAAUCUUCUAAAGAUGAUACUAUUGUCUCCUCUAUUGACUUAGCACUUUAUGUUUCUAAAAAAGAAUUUUGUGGAAAACACAUUACAGGAUAUAUUGUGAAAAAGACUGGAAGAGGGGGUGUAGCUCAGUGGAAAAGCCAGCUCUUUGAAGGCUUUGUUUUUAUUGAAUUUAGUAUAGAAAGUUUAUACCUUGACUUGGAGCUUAUUGUUGAAAUAUGGAGAGUCAGUGAUGUGAAGUCAAGACCAUGUAACUUUUAUGUAAUUCCUGUACCACAUCAUAAAGUUGGAGAAUACAUGGUGAGUCUCAAGGCAACCUGUGGCUGGAUGGGAAAGAAACCAUCACACCUUCCAUCACCUGGCACUCAGCUCUUGGCAAAAAUUGAUCUGAGUAGUGUUCAUGUGACUCAACCAAAUGAUAUCCAAGAUAGCGAAUUAGAAAUGGUGCAGGUACCCCGAGCAUGUUAUCAGAAUGGUAAUACUGUAAAUGAAAGAAACCCUGCAAAGAAUCCUGUUCAGUUAGAGUUAUCUGUCACUAACGAAAAAUUCAAGAACAAGAUGCAGGAAACUAAAAAUGAAGAAGCUUCAAGGACAGGCUGCGAAAUACAAAAGCCAGCACAACCUGUGUUACCUUCUAAACUUCCAAAUGCUGACAAAAAUAAAUGUGGAAAAAUCUGGGAAGACAAGAACAAGAAGAAAGUUCAUCGUCAAGGUACCAUUGUCGAGGUUCACUCUAGUGUGGGUCAGCUAAAGGGAGAAGAUGGAAGUCUGCACUACUUUCCUCGUGAAAGCUGUUACCUGUAUGGUGUCCCACUUCAUAAUGUCGAGCUGUGGCAUGUCCUUGCUCAAGAUGAUCCUGUUCUGUACACUGUUAUGGAGCUUGUCCCAGGUAUGAUGAAGGUUCAGAAGGUGUGGCUUGGAGCUCUUGAACUUCCAGAUAAGAAAAUAGCAAGUGAAUACAUUUUUGCUUGGUGUCAAAUGAAGUUGGUGCCAGAUGGUGCUCGAGAUAUCUUGAUAAGUCAGCUAGAGAUGCUGUGAUGCUGGUGCCUCACCGUUCAGUUGGUGCCCACUUUGAGUUGUGAAACUUUAGGUAAGAAGGAAUUGUCAUAGCAGUUCCAUACAUACAUUUUCAACGUAUCAAAGACAGGCUAUGGCUCAUAUAUAAACAUGUCUGUGUGUGCAUGUGUGUGCAUGCGUGCUUGCGUGUGUGCGUGCGCGUGUGCCUUUGCACAAAAAGUUUCUCUUACAUUUUGUUAAUACAUCUCUGAUUACUCUUGUUAUGCAUGAUGGCAAGAAAUUAAUAUAUAAUGGUAACUUACAUGUAUUUUUUGUUUUUGAUGUUAUGGAUUGUUAAAGUUUGGACACAUAAACUGUUACAAUUUUAACUUCAAACCUAAAUAAUUUCACCUCAGUAUUUGACAAAAAGAUCUAUGUGUAUGUUCAUCCAAUUGUAAGUUUAACUGACCUUGAUGCAUAGCCAUAUCUGCAGAAAUUUAUCACACUUAAGUCCCAUGCAAUCCUAGUGCCUUAGAACAAAUGUCACUCAUCCCCUUUUCUUCCAUCCAUCUAAGUAGAUGAAAAUCACUCACCUUCUAUUUCGAUUGUUUCAGUGAAGCUUUUGAACUUUUUGAUUUUUGUCCUUAUCCUUGCCCCUUCAUCCUGUAAUUUGUAAAUCUAGUUAUCCUGAGCCAAUCGAUCAACCAUCAAUAAGGUGUUCUUGUCCGUACCAUAAGAAUCUAAGUUACUUGAAACAGAUUAUACUUUUGUUUUUAAUGUAUCAGGAAGUAUUCUGUCCAUUAUUGGGUCUUCUGAUCCAAGAUUUCUUGAAAUUCAACAGAUACUCAAAAAUUCAAAGUUUCUUUACAAAUAGAAUAGUCAUGAACACUAACCUGUAGUGAUGCCCUGACAUUGACAUGGCUCAGGAUGACCAUAAUAAUGAACAUUGUGCCAAACAUACAUUUGUGUCUAUAGUUAUUUGGAUGAUGCUGAUAAAUGCAAAUAAAACUUAAUAUGAGUUCUCCUGUGUAUGCAAAGGAGUGGGAGAUAGAUAUCUGUUGCAUGCAAGGUUGUAUGCAAGUCCUUUCUUUUUCCUCUGCAAAUUCACUUGUAAAUAUCGUAUCGCCACAGCUUCCUGAAGUAGUCUUGGUUUUGGUCAUGAAGCCAACUUUUGGGACUUGUGUAAUGAUUUUAUUUUAUAAGAUGAUAAAAUUGAUAUCAUUAUGAUGUGUAACAAAUUCAUUUUAUAUUGUUUACUCAUGAAAAUUGAAGGGACUUGUUCUUUUUAUGAAUAAUUACAAUUUGUAAUAUGAAAGACAAACCUUGAAGUAGGAUGCUGUGACAUAAUGAAUAUAUUAUUAUUGAUAUAUUGAAGAUUGUUCUACUGUGCUAUUACUAAUAGAUUUAAGAUAUUAACAGUUACUGUGUAAUAAGUUGAAGCUGCUUGUAUGACUUGGAGUAAUUGGAAAUGAUAAAGGAUAGGAGACAGAAUUUGUUGUGCAGUUGAAUUAUAGAGAGUAUUGAUGUGUUUAAUAAUGGAUUUCUCUCAAGAUCAUUUGAAUUUCAUAAGAACUUUAAAGUAAGUUAUAUUUUAGAUAAAACCAUAAUAUUCCAAGUACAAAUCAAGUAUCAGCUCCCAUGUCAAAGGUGAUUAAAGUGUGCUCUGAGUUCUCUUUCAUGGUUGGUUAUGCCAGCAUCCUUGUGGUUAGUCUUUAUGCUUAUGUGGGCUGCCAUUCACUCACCACUCCCAAUGAUUGUAUUGCGGAUUUGUUUUAAACAGCACUGUACAAAACUCAUGGAAAAUAUAUAAUUCUUGAACUAAAGAUAAUGCAAACAGUUUAACAAAAUACUUUUCUUAAAUAAAGACAGCUCUCUUUCUUCUCACAAAAUUACAUGCACACUCUUCACUCAAAACUCUAAAUUAAAUAUGGUGACUCCUACACCAGCCUCUGAAUCCCUGUCUGGGGAGGGUAUCACAAGUGUCCGCAGGUCAGACUGCCCUCCUGGUAUCGACCCCAAAUGUCUUGACAUUCUCCUCAACUUUUUCUUCAUUAACUUCUGCAAACAUUCACAGCCUUAGUUCUAAUUUUCAAUCUGUAGAACACCACCUCUCCUCUGCUGAAUAUCAUCAUCUUUUCCUCACUGAAACACAGGUAUCUGAGACAGCUGACAGUAGCCCCUUCUUUAUUCCCUCCUACUUUCUCUAUUCUCAUUUUCAUUUCAAAGUUGGAUAUUGCAUCUAUGUGCACAAUGACCUAAUUUGCUCUCGUGGCCACACUCUUGAAGCUUCCAAAUUUUCUACCAUCUAGCUAUGACUACAGAGUCAUCCCCCCAGCUGCUAAAUCUGAGCAAGGGCCUAAUUUGUUCAUGUAUGGAGUGUGCUUCACAUGUAUGGGGGAGUUCCACUCUUACUUCUCUUUUAGACAGGGUGGAAUCAAAAGCUUUUUGUCUUAUCAACUCCUCUCUUUUGACUGACUGUCUUCAGCCUCUCUGUCAUCACUGCAAUAUUGUAUCUCUUGCUAUCUUCUACCACUAUUUUCAUGCUAGCUGCACUUCUGAUCUUGCUAACUGCAUGCCUCUCCUCCUCCUUCAGCAUCACUGCACAAGACUUUAUUCUUUCUCUCACCCCUAUUCUGUCCACCUUUAAUGCAAGAGUUAACCACUAGUCUCAAUCAUUCAUCCCUUUCUCUGGUAAACUGUGCUUCUUCCUAUCUUGAACUCUUUCAAGAGGGAGGUUUCAAGGCACUUAUCCUCUGUUAUUUGAUCUGUUAUUUGAUCUUUCUAUGGGAACUGGCAUUCAAGUGGCCCUUUUCUUUAAUCCAAAUUUUUGUUGCCUUUGGCCAGUAGCCCUCUUACAUAAAAAAAAAAUUUAAUUUAAUUUAAUUUAAUUAAUUAAUUAAUUAAAAUAAUAACAUAUAUCAACAGGCAUAUAAGAUGCAGCUCACUUCACUGUGAUUUUACUUCAUUAAGUGAUAUGUUCCUUUCUCAUGAGGCCAAUGUCAGAAACAGUAUUAUGAUAUCUACACACACACACACACACACACACACACACACACACACACACACACACAUUAGAAGUGCUGACUCCAUCAGCGAACCACUCGCCUUUUUUAGUAUGAGUCUUGUAAAGUUAUUUUGGUAAAAUACCAUUGUUAUCUUCUUUUAAUCAUUAUUAGUAUUAGUAUUAUAUUAUGUCUGCUCCCCCGAAUAUUUCCAGCUUGUGGGAUGUUUACUUGUUCUGAAUAUCUACAUCAUUCUUUGAUAAUUUUGAAAAUCAGAUUCUGAGCUUCAAUGAAUUAGCCUUACCCAGCAGAUGGCAGCUCACCAAGCCAGAAAACAAUGUGCAGUUUGUCUCAGUUUUUUUUUGCUAUUUAAGUUUUUGUCUUUUCUUGUUUUUUCUGGUAUUUUCUGUAUCACUUUACACUUCAUAAUGUUUUAUAUGCCUUAUCCAGUUAUGUCACUAAUUUUUCUCCACAUGGCUAAAUUCAUGCUAUUUGUCAAUUAUUUGUUAUGCUGAUGGUGUCAGCUCAAAGUGUGCAUAUCAGUCCCUUACUAGUUUAGCCAUCUCUCACAGCACACUCACAUUGUUCUUUUCAGUAUGUUCCAAGCCUUUCAAUUUGUCUUUAAUGGUACAGAGUGUAUAAACAUGAAGCAUUACACUUCCUUCAAAUGAAAGUCCAGUCAUAAUUGCAAACUCUGUGCAGCUGUUGUAUCCAAGUGUUGUAGUUAUUCCUUUAUGUAAAUUCAUUUACUGAAUAAGUGUUAUACAGGGUGUAACACGAGUUUCUGCAGAUAUUGCCAUAGAUAAAAAUACAGAAUAUUAAUGGAAAAUGUUCUGUGUACACAUGCAUUUUGAGGCUUUGUUUACCCGAGGCAUGAAAUUCAAGUGUGUCCUGCAUCAGAUACAAUGGCUGGCCCAGGCUAUGGCACCAUGCCUACCCAGACAAGGAGUGGGAAGCAGCGAGACUAGCAGCAAAUCAGCUGAAUGUUAGUCAGAUCACGUAGUUUCUUUCCUAGACAGUGACAGUGAAUAUGUUCUGAUAAUAUUACAUAUGUAAAAGUAAUGUGGAGUAUGUAGAAAUGGUGUUUCUCUGCCAUGGUUUCCUGCUCGGCCUGGCCAUUGUACCAAUUGCCAGGCCACACUUGAAUUUUGUGCCAUGGCUAAAUGGCACCUCAAAACACAUAUGUACAUAGAACAUUUUCAACUUAAAAUAACUGUACUUUUACCUCUGGCAAUAUUUACAGAAUCUCGUGUUGCACCCUGUAUGUAAUCAGUUUGAUAUGCAGUUUUGCCAAAUAUUUAACCUGAGAUUUUUAGAUUUAUUGAUUAUAUAGCCAGCUUCUCAACUCAUCAAAACUACAAAUGUAAUUAGUGUUUUGAUAGAAUGAAGUCCUGUAUAUUUUGAAGGUAUUGAAAUGGCUAUUUAGCAUAAUAAAGAACCGUGUUUUAUCAUUGACAAUGGGUUUGGGUUCUUUGGGUUUACUUUGGGUUUACACCCAGUAGAAUCCAAACCAAAGUUGAGAACUGUACCAAGAUUAUGUUCUGGAUGUAAUGUAAUCAAAUAAACCGUGGGGGAAGGGAG